AUGAGCUCUCAACAAAAUCACAAAUUAUGCAUGAUACCCGGACCCGUGGAAUUUCAUGAAGAUGUUCUAACAUCAAUGUCAACAAAAGCAACAUCACAUGUAUCUCCGUCAUUUAUUCCAGUAUUUGGAGAAAGUAUUGAGCUUUUACGUAAAGUAUUCGUUACUGAACAAGGACAACCAAUCGUUGUAUCUGGGUCAGGUACUUUAGGGUGGGAUAUGGUAGCAUCCAAUUUGAUUGAACCUGGUGAAGAUGCAUUAGUAUUAAAUUCAGGAUAUUUUGGAGAUUCGUUUGCUGCAUGUCUUAAAGUUUAUGGAGCAAAAGUGACAGAAGUUAAAUCAGAAAUUGGAGAUCGUCCAACUCUUCAAGAAAUUUCUGAUGCUUUAUCAACUAAAUCAUUUAAACUUAUUACCAUUACUCAUGUUGACACAUCAACAGGGGUAUUAUCAGACGUUAAAGCAAUUUCUGAAUUAGUUAAAAAACAAUCGCCAAAUACAUUAAUUAUUGUUGAUGGAGUUUGUUCUGUUGGUUCAGAAGAAAUUCGUGUUGAUGAAUGGAAUCUUGACGUUGUUUUGACAGCAAGUCAAAAAGCCCUUGGUGUUCCUCCUGGCUUAUCAAUUUUAAUCGUCAGUGAACGUGCUAUCCAAACCUUUAAGGACCGUAAAUCACCAAUUCCAAGUUAUUAUGCGUCCUGGGCUCAUUGGCUUCCAAUUAUGAAUGCUUAUGAAUCUCGUAAAGGAAUGUAUUUUGCUACUCCUCCAGUACAAUUAAUUUAUGCGUUAAAUACAAGUUUAAAGCAAAUCACUUCAACCCCACUUGAAACGAGAUUUGAACAGCAUAAAAAAGUUAGCGAUCAAAUUAAAAGUGUUGUCGAAUCUUUGGGAUUACAAUUUGUUCCUAAAUCCAGAGAAGUCGCUGCUAAUGGAAUGACAGCUGUUUAUUAUCCCGAGGGUAUUCAACCUGCUGAUUUACUUCAGAAGGUCGCUUCACAUAAUGUUGUAAUUGCUGGUGGUUUACAUAGGGCUAUCGCUACGAAAUAUUUUAGAAUCGGGCAUAUGGGAAUUAGCGUAACUGAACCUGAACGUAAACAUAUAGAUAAUACUAUUACAGCUUUAACUACUAGUUUGAAAGAAUUAGGUUAUUCUGGAAAUUAG